AUGGAGGAGCAAGCUGCUCACCACCUGCUGAACGUAGUAGAGGAAAGAGGUCUAAAAGUUGAUUUGGACAAAAUCCUCCUGAGCUUCGAAGAUGCAGAUACAAAUCACAAAGCUGCGGCAUGGAUCGAGGAAUACCUACACCAAGACACUUUACUGACCAGGGAGGAGUUGGAGCUGUACCAGACACUGAAGAAAAAGGGGCUGUUGCAUCAGUAUGAGGGCGAGGGUGGACCCUCGAGACCCAUCCUGGACCACGAAAUCGCCUCAGCUAUUGAAUCUCUGCAGAGCUCGACUAGUGCAAUUGAGGCACAGUGCAAGGUGCUCGAGGCGCAAAAGGAUGCGUUGAUGAAGCUGAAGGCGCUUGACAAGCCUAACCUGGAUGUUGAACAUGCACGAAACGAGAGGAAGAGGAAAGAGGGUCAAGAGAAGGCAAGGUUGGAUGUUUCUGUUGAUGAUGUUGCUACAUCAAUUACUGAGCAGUUGGCGGAUGCACAGCGAGAGAGCGAGGCCGACAAGUCUACGCUAAAGAGCUACCUGUCGGAACGCUUUGCAUCCGACGACCAAAUUCUGAGCAAGCUGCCUGGACUAUUAUCCCAGAUCAUGACGGAGCCAGAAGUCAGCGAAGAUGAAAGGUCGAUUGAGCAGUGGUGCAAGGCUAUUAUUUCCUUCCGCACUGCUGAAAUCAAGGCGCGCGUAGACACCAUCUACCUGACCCACGUCGGUGGAGGUGGGCAAAGCGGGACUUCUGAUGAACCAGAGGCGGAGUUCAAGGAAAGGAAAGCGGCGUUGCAAGCCGAACUGGAGGAAUUGCAUUCAGAAAUUGCUUCUGUCGCGACCAUGGUUGUUGAGCACGAGAUUCGCAAGCCAAUGGCGGAUGUUAAGGAACGCAAGGACAGGAAUAUGAGGCAGGCGCGAACUGCAUGGCUCAACUACGUCUUGUCCACGCUUGAAUACAUGGGCAGACGGCUGGAUACCGUUGCAGCAAAGACAAAACAAGACGACGAAUUCCAACAAGCACUGGCACACGUACAAGCCGCAGCAGCAAAGCGCAUGCCCGACAUGGAUGUGGCACCUGCACCGACACCUGCACACAAACGAGCGAAAUCGUCCGUGGCAGCCUUCACGCCCAUGGUCAAGCUCAGGCCCAACAAUGCACUCGAUCUGCCGGUAGCGCUGCAAGAUGCGCUUCGACACGCCGGCAUCUCGUUCAACCACGACAAGAUUGAGAGCCUGCAGGACUCGCUGAUGCAGGCUCAGAUGGAACGCGGCAAGAAGCUGCAGGAGCACUAUGAAUCUUCGGCAAUGGGCACGCACGAGAAGCUGGCGGAGCAGUCGAGCAAAGCGGACAGUGACAUGGAUGUCAUCAUGGCCGCUCUAUACAAGCACGCACCGUUCGGGACGAUCAGGCUGACUAAUGGCAAAGUAGAUGCACAGGUGAAGAAGAUGGAGGCGGAGCUCGAGGACAAGGACCGGGAGCUGCUAGAGGCAGAAGGCAACGAGCUAAGCCUGAGCGACGCCAAGGUUCGGGCAUUUGUUGCAAAGUACGGCAGAUAG